AUGUCAGCCAAUCCAUUAGUUAAAGUCGUUGGCUUAGCAGCAGCGAAAGGUCUAGUAAGUUUAUGGAAGGGUAAACUAAAUACAAAAAGAAGUCAACUUCAACAAAAUCAACAAUAUCAUCAAAAGAAAGUUCAAGAACAUACCAAUGCUAAACAAAAACUAGUACAAGCACGACAAACGCUUGAACAAGAAAAAUCCAAUCUUACAAAACGACAGCAAGAACUCACGCAACAAAAACAACAAGUCCAAACUGCUUCAACUAGACUUAAUGAACAGAAAAAUUUUGUUACCAAUCUCACUAGUAAAUAUUCUCAAAUUCAAAAUCAAACACAAAAUUUGAAAACUCAACUUAAUAAUCAAACCAAACAAGUCGAACAACAGCAAGCGAAUAUCAAUACUCAAAAUAUUCGCUUAACUACUCUAAAGAAUCAAUUAAAUCAAGUUCAAAAUAAAAAAGAUCAAGUCGCUCAACGAUGCGCUCAACUCUUCAAUGAUGUUGGCCAACUAAAUGAACAACAUCAAGCACAAACACAAAAUCUUAAUAAUUACAAUCAAAAACUUGAAGCCAAUCAACAGAAACAAGAUGCCUUGACAUCACAAAUCGAACAAAAACAAAAAAAAAUUCAAAAUCUUGAACAACAAACUGCAGCCAAAGCGAAUGAAGAAGCGACAUUACGAGGUAAAAUAACCAAUGCAGAAGAAAAUAUUCGAAUGUUAAAUAAAUCUGUGUCCGAACUUGAAAAUGAUAAACGUAUUCAACAAAAAUUAUUGAGAGAUACUCAACAGCAAAAGAUUACAUUAGAGAAUGAAUCCAGUCGACUUGAUCAUGAUAUUAAAAAACUGAUUCAAGAUUCUGAAAGACUUGAAAAUGAUCAGAGACGAUUGGAACGAGAAUUAAAAAACCAUACAAAACAAAUUCUAGACAGAACUAAACAACAACAAAAUCUCAAAUUCGAAUUACAACAAAAACAAGACAAUCUAUCUCAUCAAAAGCAGGAAAAAAACAAUAUGGAACAACAAAAAGAUCAGUUAAUCACUACUCUUGAAAGAAAUAAAUCCGAACAAAAAAAUAUCAAAAAAAAAGUCGCCGAAUUGAAUCGAGAAGUGAUCAACCAUGAACGAGCUAAACAAGUUACCGAGCAAAAAGUGAAUGAUGCUCGUAAUAAAUUAAGAAAUAUUAUUCAAGAACUUGAUCGAUUAAACAAAAGCGAAACUGAUCUUAAAAACCAAUCGAAUACUCUUCGAGAUAAGCAAGAUACUCUAAUACGAGAACAUGAUUCCAUUGAUGACAAGAAAAGACAUAUUGAUCGAAAUUUAUCUCUUGCAAAAAAUAAAAAAAUAGAUAAUGAAAGGGAAGUUACAAGUCUCAGUGGAAAAAUGGCAAGCAAAGAGAAUUUAGUGCGAACACUUCGAAGAGUAGUCGAUGGAAAUAAAAGUAGUAAGGAAAAACGAAGCGAUAUGAUAACGAGUACGGACAGCAAUACCGAUGAUGUCGAAAACUUUGAUAAAAGACGUCAUAAACAAUAUCUUAUUAAUGACGAUGAAAAGAAUCUUAAACUUCUUCGUUUAUGUAUUGCUGAAGAAACUAUAGAAAAUGCAAAAAUUGAAAUUCGUCAACAGUAUUAUAAGGAAGAAGAUAGGCACUCAUCAUCGAAAAAACAUUCUUCCUCAUCAACCAAGGAAAAUCCUACUCCUGCUUCUAGUAAAUUAGUAUCUAUUGACGAAAUCAAUUGUCUCAUACAGAUGAAAAUCAAUCAUGAGGAACUUAAGAAAUUUUUCCAAAAUUUUCUUCUUCGUUCACUUGAUCAGCCAGUUUCAUCGAAGACUAGAUCGACAAUAAACUUAGAAAAUAAUAUUAUUCAUCCAUUGAAUCACCGAUGUAUUCUCGAUCUAUUCAUUCGCAAACAAAUGGCUGAACGAGGAAUGAUUGAUUUCGGACGCGAACGUCCAAAAUUUCGUCUAGUAGAACCGAUUACUCUCAACGAUGAAUUCGAUACCUGGUAUUUCGAUCAUUUUCAUUCCUUAUUCGAUCUCUUUCUCACUCGUCCCAACAAUGAAUCAUUUCCUAUCCGUUGGGAAUUGAUUGAACAAUCGAAAAUCACUUAUCAAAUUAUUUCCGUCUAUUCAACCAAUGAUAGUGAUCGAAAACCGAUUCAAAGACCGAGUACCAAAUCUUUGGAAAAAUUUAUUGAAGAUAUCUGUCAAAUUGAAGAUAAUGGCAUGGCAUCGAAUUGGAUUGAAUUAUUACGCAAAGAAGAUAUCAUCACUUAUGCUCACUUGACUAAUUUAAAUCAAAAAGAAUGGGAUAAUAUCAACAAAUUGAGUAUGAAUGCUUUGAAAACAAUCAAAACUUAUGUUGAUCGAGAAAAACAAACUGCUGAAGAUCAAACUAAAACCAAUAAACGAAAAAAUGAAUCCGAAUCCGAAAUCCUAGCGAAAAUUCAUAUGAUCAAACUAUAUUUCAGCCAUGCAUUACAGAACGAAGAAGGAAUCGUUCGAUUAUCGAAAUUAGAUGCUAGAUGUGUAACUAAAGCUUUCGAAGAAAUGCGUCAAGAUUAUGAAGAUGAUGGUUUAUUCGAUGAAAUGAUCCAAUUUUUUCUACCAUUAACUGUAACCGAUCAUGAAUUAGUCUUAGAUGCUAAUGAAAUUCAUCUUAAUACCGAAGAAAAACGUCGAACUCAAAAUCAGUAUGAAAGGGAAAUUCAAACUCUAAUCCGAGAAAAUGGAAGUAUUGUUGAAGAUAUUGAAAGCCGAAAGACGAUUCUUGGUCAAAUUAAAGAAGAACGACAGAGACUAUUUGAAGAACUAGAAAGCGAUCUGAAAGAAAUUAAAAUGACAAGAUUAACUAGUUAUGCAAGAGAAAAGAAUGACUUAGAAAAAAAAUGGUCAAGAAAAGAUACUAUUCAAAGUGAUCGAAGUAAGGAAAUCAAAAAGAAAAUUGAACAAAUGGAAAUUCUUCACAAAGCAAACGAAGCAUUAAUUAAAGACAAAAGAAACUUAUUGAAUACAAUUAUCGAUGAUUUGAAUAAUCAGCAGACACAUAUUGAUAAUAAACUGGUCAAACCACAUCGAGGAUUUAUUAUGUAUGGACCACCGGGAACUGGAAAGUCACAUAUCAUGAGUCAAUUAGCGAAAAAAAUUGGUAUCGCUAUGUUAGGGCCGCCAUUAGCAGCCGGAGAAUUAGAACGACCAUUGGUGGGUCAAUCCGAAGCGGUGAUUUUGGAUUUAUGUUCUCGGGGGAAUCGUUUGCCUUAUCUAAUGUGCUGUGUUUCCAUCGAUGAAAUUGAUUCACUUGCACCACGUCGUGAUGAAGAUUCUUCUGAAGGUAAAGUUGCCAAAAUCAGUGUUCUAUUAUCGGUCCUUGAAGGAAUUAAAGAUGUUCCAAAUCUGAUGUUUUUCUCGGCAACCAAUCGGCUUCAUAUGAUGGAUGAAGCUUUUCUCCGAAGAAUGUCCGGAAAAUUUUUCGUUGGAAGACCUUCCUCUGAAGCACGUAGACGUAUUCUCAAUGCUAUACCAAGAAAUAUGGUCGAUCCAUCCUUACGAGAAAAACUAGCUUCAGCGACGACUAAUUUCAGCGGAGCAGCACUCAGUGCAUUAAAUCGAUCAAUAGCUGUCCAUUUCAUUGCUCAACGUCGAACGAAUAAGAUUUAUAAAAUCGAAUAUGAGGAAGCUCUUCUUCAAGCAGAUCGCACCGCUCGGCAAUAUCAAAUCUUUCUUGGUUUAGAUACACUUCCUCGUUUACUCAAACGAAAUUAUGACAGUGCUAAACGAUCAGGUACUUCUCAAAACUCGAAUGAUACAUUUCAUUUGAAAGAUAACUGCCAUUUUACUGGAAAAAUCAUCAUCAGUCUUUCUAAUCAAUCAGCUCGAAUUGAAUAUAUUGAUCUGAAGAGAAAUAACAAAAAAGUCUAUGAAGAUAAUUUAAAUCGUAACGAAGAAAAUGUCCAGCAAUUACUAGAACGUAUCACCAACUAUGGUAAUGAUCGUAAUGUUCAAUUAUUACAAUUAAUUGAUCUGAAUUUAUUAUCAUCGAAAGGUGCUUAUGAUGAAAAGAAAAUUUUCGAAACAUUAAAAGAACGUUAUGAUGAAUGUAUGGAAUAUAAACGAUCGAUGAUUAUUUAUGAUCUGGAUUCUUUAAUUGGUGUUAAUCAAUCCGAAUCACAAUCAUCAAUGGGUACAUCAACGAGUUCCUCAGUUGUUCAUCAAGCGCUGUAUAUUUAUGUCACCUCACGCUUUCGAGAAGCUGUCAUUGAAACCAAUAAUAAAUCCAAUGUGGAAAAAUGGUCGAUUGCGGUAGUACGAGAUUCAUUCCUAUUAAAAAAAUUUUCCCAAGAUGUAGAAUUUCCUAAAACUGAUCGAGAAGAAGAAGAAUAUAAAGAAGAACAACGAAAAGAAAAAGAGCUGAUUAAAUGCAUCAAAUGCCGGGAUUUUUUUAUUGAAAAUGAGAAUAAAAUGGGAAAUUGCACUUAUCAUGAUGGAUUUGUUUAUGAUAAUUUAUCAUUAGAAUUAACGAAAUAUACUCCAUCAAUGGCUUCGGAAAUUUUAAAUCGAGAUGAAUUCGAAAUGAUUCGUUAUCCACAGAGAAAAGAUGAAAUCGAUCGACGAAAAGGACGAUUUAAAUAUAUUUGUUGCGAUUCCACGGUCCAAUCAACAAUUGGAUCAUCAGCUGGUGGCUGUAAGAAAGGUAAACACGCAAUGGGAGUGUCAUUGAAUAAACAAAAACGAAGUCGAAUGCUUACGAAAGAUGAUAUUGAUCAGUGGGAAAAUUUUUGCAUGGAAAAUGACGAAUACAAUGAACGAUGGAGUCAAUUAUUUACGAAUCGUUCAAAAGGUGGUUUCAAAUAA